AUGAUUUUCUGUGCAGGCCUUAGUUCGUUGCAUCGUCAACAACGUCAACAAGCUUAUCCUCCAGGGGAAAAAAUGGUAACCUUGAGCGUGCUACGGCAGGAUGCCUGCCUGAACUGCUGCCAUUCGAUGGUCUCCUUGGGAGGUACGCCUCUUGUGCUAGAAGAGGGUCCUAGAAUCCCUCCACUUCUGUUCUCCAGUUAUUUCAGCCUCCUGUUAGAUUUGUAAUGGAAAUCUUUUAUGAGAGCGAUCUAUCACAAUGAUACAAUCGAUCAAUUAUGUCUAAAAUCCCAACAAUUGGUCGCAGCUAAAUGGUGCGUAACGAAAAAAAAUUAAAUAAUCUCUAAACGACACUUCUAAAAAGGUCUGAAAAGAGUGUUCAAGAACAUGGCAUCCAAAAGGAUGCUUAAAAGGGUGUGUAUAUCAAACAAAUCAAUAACAAGGGUAAGGUUUAUUCAUUACAUUUGGAGACAUUUUCCACAGAGAACAUGAUUUCUACGAAGCACCCUUUUAGGUGUAUACCGUUAGAUGACGCCUGAUAAAUAAGGUAUACAUGAUGGCUGAUAUGUUGUAUGCUGACGCUAUCUAUGUGAUCUGUGCAUCAUUGACUGCCCUUAACUAGCUUGUUCACCAGAAAGUAGCUCCUGAGUAAUGAAUCCAUUCUUCCAUAGACCUAUGAACGGAGUGGAUCUAAUGUAACCUUGUAUUUCAUCGUCGUUGGUCUUUGGCUAGUCCUAAAAUAGUUCUACUGCACAUGAGUAGGUUAAAUUGUUAUAAUGCUAAAUUUUUGACCAGAGAAUAGUUUUUGCGCGUGAAAAUGUUUUCUUCCCUAUCUUCAGUUCCUCCACGGCCAAAUAGGAUCAGGAUCUCCAAUAACUUUGACUAGACGUCCUUGAAGGGUUAGUGUUUUACAUCUAUAUGCGUUAUGAAGUGCUCAAUGCUCAAUUCUCCAUAUCUAGAUGUUCUUGUUGAAUAUCGUUCAUAGUUUGCUGUGGUUCUAACUAUUUCAUGCAACAUGACUAGAAAACAGGCAAUUAAUCUUCUAGCAAUAUUGCUUGUAGCUAUUUAACUACGAGGAAGUGAAUGCUUUUGAUCCGGUAGGAAGGAUAGUACCGUUUACCCUGCAAAAAUCGCCCAUCUCAUCAGUUUGCAGUCUGUGAGUAGCCUGUGCUAGACUUUCAUAUUUGGUUAGCCUGAGAUUUUAUAAUGUGGAAGUCUGGAUGAUCUUUUCUGAAACCUUAUUUCUUUGUUCUCCUAGAGAUCUGAAGCUAAAUGCAAAGUUUUUGCAUCAAGGAGCUCCAGGAAAAAAAUGACUAAAGACUAUAAGGGAUCAAAAAAUGGUGAUUCAAAAGAUCGAGGGGAAUUUUCAGAGGCCUUUCUCCAGGAAGAUGAAAGCAGAAGCAAGAUUGAUUCUGAGUCAUUUGAUGCUAUCUUGGAUCCUAAGAGUUCAAUCUCAAAUCCUUCCAGAAAUGCCGUAUUACAGGCUUGCAUCAUUACUUCGGCCUUGAUGCUUGCAUUGGGGGCAUUUAUUAGACAAGUGAUCAUCUACCAAAGUUCUCUGCUUUCUUUUUUUUUGAACAAAGUGUCAGGAAAAUUAUAAUUGUUGUGAAUCUCUCUCAAAGUGAAAUUUAAUAGUUUUCACCUUUAAUCCAUCAAUGGAUUUUUACUCUCAGGCAACUUUCUUGUUUGAAUGUUACAGCCAGAAGGUCUUCUGUUUCUUUGUACUUAAAAAAUUCAAGUCUUUAAAAUAAUUCAUUUUCAUAACGUUUGCUAUAUUUUAUUAAAAAUUAUUCAUAAAAUUUCUAGAAUGCGUUCUGUUUAUCAUUCACGGUAUAUAUAUAUAUUGAUUCUACUUUCGUGUCUCGCAGGUUUCCCACAUUGCAUUUACUGAAGGAUGGGUGAAAUCUGACUCUGAAGAAGUGUCAUGUAAAUUUCUGCGUUCUUGUUUUGUUCUCAUGAGAAAGAGUCUUAAAUUUUCUCUUCCUUACUAUUCAAGCCUCUUUGAUAAUCCGUGAACUCCUGUUCAAUAAUUCUGCCUGCAUCUGACAUCACCUUCCUUAAGCUUCUGAAUUUUCGGCUGCAUUCCAAAAGUAUCCUGAUUCCAUGUCGUCAUACAUGCCCGCAGAUACUUUUCGUAUAAUCAUCAAGGUAAGCUAUGUUUUGAUCUUUGCACGGAUGAAAAUGAGGAGUAUGAAGUUGUUUGAGAAUGAUGGGACAUAUCCUCUCAUUGAUUUUUUGCUUUUUCCAUGCACCAUUCCUUUUAGGAAUAACUAAUUUUGGCUUGAUUCCCAACAUCACUGAUGAAAUUAGUUUUUUUUUUCUAAUAGGAUUAUAUAUAGUUUAAUUCUCACAACUUAAUUUUAGUCUCAUUAUUUUCCAGGCAGUUCACUCUUUUAUGAUAUGAAUUUACUUGUGUCAUUUGGGGAAUUUUGAUGUCGUUUGGAAGAGACAGCAGAGACCUGCUCAGCUGUCUCUAUAGAUCAUGCAAUAUUUUUUAUCUUAUUUAUGGGAUAUUUUCUUCCUUUUCUUUUUCUAACGCCCAUUUUGAAGGUAAACGGCUUCUGAUUGGUGAUAUUUCCAGUUCAUUUUCAGAUCUGGCAUCUUGAGUUGAUUGCAUUAUUGGUGGUAUUGGUAUCAGCCAGUCGGUACAUUCUGCUUAAGACUUGGCCUAGUUUUGCAGAGUCCAGUGAAGCUGCUAAUGAGCAGGUAUUUCAAGAUGCAUGAGAUUAAAAUCUGGCUAUCAUGAUCCGACAGAAAGAUGGGCCUGAUGUGAUCAUCCAGUCACUAAAGCAUUCACUUAUAUGUUUUUCCCCUGUAAAGCUAAUAUACACUACUAUGAAGAACUCUGCUUAUGUGAGCGAUUAAGCAUCUCUACAGAUACCUAGAUUUUUUGUUUUUUUUAUUUUUUUACACAAACACGAUUGAUAUUCAUUGGUAAAAAUUUCAAAAAACAAUAUUCUUGAUUAGUUGCAAUUUGUUCAUGUGUUUACCUCAGGCUCUUAGUAACCUGAAGCCCGUGGAUUAUCUUGUGGUAGCAUGUCUUCCUGGUAUCAGUGAGGUAUGUUUCUUGAUCCGGGGCCAUUGUUGAUCUUUUGCAUUUCCAACCCUUGCAUCAUCUGUUUUUAUAGGAACUACUCUUCCGUGGAGGACUCCUCCCUCUGUUUGGGCUCAACUGGACUGGCGCACUUGUUGUUGGGGCAAUUUUUGGAUGCCUUCACCUGGGUGGCGACCGCAGAUACUCGUUUGCUGCCUGGUGAGUUAUUGCCCUCUCACCAUCUCGUUCCAGAUGGGUUUCUUCCCAUGCAACAUUUACACAAAAAUGUUAUUUAUUAGUAUAUUUAUAUAUAAAAAUGAAACCCUAAAAUUUUGGUGGGAUGCCCAAAUGCCAAGUUAUAUUAAAGAACGUUUUUUUGAAAGGUUUGGUGGGAUUUGGUGACUUAGAUCUCCUGAUAAGCCUGUUGGAACUUGAUAUUCUCAGGGCAACGUUUGUUGGGUUUGUGUAUGGCAUGGCAGCAGUGGCAUCCUCAAGCAUCAUGGUCCCCAUGGCCUCACAUUGUUUGAACAAUCUUGUUGGGGGCUUUCUGUGGUACUUUUCCUCAUCAAGUGAGAGAUCUAAGUCUUUACCUGAUUAG